CCUCCUUGUCCUCGCGGGUUCCUGCACCGGCACUCGGUCGAUGAACGUGAUCGACCGGUGCUGGCGCCGGAACCCUAAUUGGGCCGCAAAUCGGGAACGGCUAGCCGUGUGCUCUUUGGGCUUCGCGGGCAAAAUGCGAAGAAACAUUGGGAAGGGGCUCACAUGGUACACCGUGACCAACCCGGGCGACGACCCGGUCCGCCCACGGCCCGGCACUCUCCGGUACGGGGCCACGGUGCUCCCGGGCAAGGUGUGGAUCACCUUCGCGCACGACAUGCAAAUCAGGCUCCAGCAACCACUCGCCGUCAAGAGUUUCACCACCAUCGACGGCCGCGGCGCCAACGUCCAAAUUGCCUACGGCGCCGGAUUCUUACUUUAUCAGGUAAGCGACGUGAUCAUCCACGGGCUCCAAUUCCACAACAUCCGAUCGACGGCGGGGGACGGGGACGCGAUCCGGCUGGUGGGGUCUCGGCGGGUGUGGUUGGACCACAACACGCUGUACGCGUCGCAGGACGGGCUGGUCGACGUGUCGCGCGGCUCAACAGCGGUGACGGUGUCCAACAACUGGUUCCGGGACCACGACAAGGUCAUGCUCCUCGGCCACGACGACGGCUACUUAGCCGACCGCCGCAUGCGCGUCACCGUCGCCUUCAACCGCUUCGGGCCCAACUGCAACCAGCGCAUGCCGAGGAUAAGGCAUGGAUAUGCGCACGUGGUGAAUAACUUGUACGAUGGGUGGGGGAGCUACGCCAUUGGUGGGAGCAUGGGCCCACGUGUCAAAAGCCAAGCCAAUCUCUUCGUUGCAUCAAACUCCAGCAACAAAAAGGUAACAUCGAGGAUCGCCGGAAACGGGGAGGGGGAGUCGUGGAACUGGCGGUCGGUGAAUGACGCGUUCGCGAACGGUGCCUUCUUCAGGCAGUCGGGCCACGGAAGGGUCCGUCCGGGAUACAACCGACAGCAGCAGUUCCCGGUGGGGAGCGCGAGGGCGGUGCGGGCGCUGACGCGGGACGCCGGCGCCCUCUGGUGCUCGACGAGAACCAGAUGCUGA